ACUCUUAGUGGUGCCCAAGGAUUUAUUUAGUCUUAGUUUGGUAUAGACUAUAGUGUCGACUAACUUAAUCUAAGACUAACUUUGUCUUUUUUCUUUGUCUUUGUCUUUCAUGAAUAUAAAAGAUUGUAAGAACACAAGACUAAUUGGAGCACUUGUGUUCACACAUCAAACUUUCCACUAUUCCCCUCAAAAAAAAAAAAAAAAAAAAAAUCAAACUUUCCACUAAAAACGCAUCUAAAAAAAUCUUAACAAUAACGUCAAAAUCAUCUUGCACUAUCAUCGCACUUAGAUUAAUAAUAAUUUCAGAAUAGAAAAGUAAAAACAAAGACUUGCUUCCUUCUUGGUUUCUUCUGCCUUAGCAGCCUGUAUCUUCCUGUAUCGUACGCAAGUUAUUAUUAUCAUUAUCAUUAUUAUUAUAAUUGAAAGAUUCGGCUCCAAAAUAAUUAAAUUAUUCAAACUUGAAGAUGACUUCCUGUACAAGAAUUAUUUUUAAUUGAACUGUCUUAUUGUAUAAAAUGGGGGUGCCAAAUUAUAGAUUUAACAGCUGCUGAUACUUUCCUCAAUCUCUUGCAUAAAUCAGAGCUUAUCAGAUUCAUUGCCAACAAGAUGCCUUUUGGAGUUUCUAUAUAUGAUUCGUUUUGUGCCUUGGUAAGGAACUAUCGUGGUGUAUCAUGUGAUGCCAUGGGCAACAGAGGGUGUGAGGCUGUUGAUAGGAUAUCUAAGGUGGAAACUGUUGAUUCACAACCUCAAAAGAAACGUAGGAAAGUGCAAAAAUCCCUGCACGUCAACUCUGAGUAUGUUGCUAAAAUAGUCAGUUGGUUAGCUAAUGAUAAAAUUACCACUGUUGGAAUUUAUGGGAUGGGCGGGAUUGGUAAAACCACCCUCGCAGUGCAGCUCCACAGUUGGAUUCAGGACCAUGCCAUCCAUUCUGUAGGUAUUCAUGAUAUCGCUUGGGUCUAUGUCGAAAUGGAUUUCACGGUGUAUCAAUUGCAGCAGAAAAUUGCUGAUGCUUUCGGGCUUGAUCUUCAAGGUGAUAUGGAUGAGAAUAGAAGAGCAGCCAUUCUGUAUGCUAUUCUGUCUCGCAAUGACAAGUGCAUUCUAUUCAUUGAUAAUUUGUGGGGUGAUUUCCGUCGAGAGGAUGUUGGGAUUCCCUGUCAGUGCAGGCUGGUUUUGAUUACUCGAUUGCUGGAUGUUUGUCGUAGGCUUCACUGCCAGAAAAUCGUUAAGGUUGAGGCACUCUCAGAGGAAGAGAAUUGGCAACUCUUUCACCAUAGUACUGAAUGUGGUGUUUCAAGUCUUAAUGAACUUUCCUCUAUUAGGAAGCUUGUGUAUAAGGAAUGUGCAGGUCUCCCUCUUGCAGUUACUGUAUUGGCCAAUACCAUCAAAGGAGUGGUUAAUCCUUUUAUGGGACCAACCCAAUUGGAUGAUGUGUUCAAUCGAUUGAAGCCGUCUUAUGAAAGAUUGAACAACGUCAAGCUACAACGUUCUUUCUUGUUUGCUGCACUAUAUCCCAAAGGUUAUGCCAUCCAUAAAAAAGAGUUGAUAUGGCUCUGGAUUGGACAGGGGAUCAUAGAUGAGGUGCCAUCGCUGCAGGCACAGUAUGACAUGGGCCAUACUAUGUUAAACAAGCUUCUCAACUCUUGUUUACUGGAAACUUGUCAAGAUCAAAGGGUCGUUAAGAUGCAUGAUCUUGUGAGGCGUAUGGCUCUUUCCAUUGCUAGAGAUAACUUUAUGGUGGAAACUGGCGUCACUUCAAAGAUGGAGUUCAGCGGGAAUCUUCAUGCCAUUUCCUUGAUAAAGUCUUCGAUAUCAUUGAUCCCGUCGGGUAAUUUCCUCAAGUUUGCUAAUCUCUCAACUCUAUAUUUGCAAAACAACCCCAUUGAGGUAAUUCCAGAAUCAUUUUUCUUGCAAAUGCGUACUCUUCAUGUUCUGAGUUUAUCUGCUACUCACAUUAUUAGACUGCCCAGUUCUAUUGGUGCCUUAGAAGAGCUUCAAGUACUAGAUCUGAGUAGUUGUCAGAAAUUAAAAGAAGUUCCUCAAUUGGCAAAGCUUCAUAAUUUAAGGUUCUUGGACCUCUCUCAAACUGCAGUUGAGAAGGUUCCUCGCUCUCUUGAAAUGUUAAAAAAGCUCACGGAGCUUGACCUGUCCUCUGUGUUGGAACCAAAAAGAGUUCCCAACGGGGUCUUGUCUGCUCUAUCCAGAUUAAAGAGGCUAUCAUGCCAUGUUUUAGGCGUCAUUCAUGAAUUGCAAAAUUUGAAAUCAUUGGAAAUUCUUGAUGCCAAAUUCGAAAAUCUUUUUGACUUGAGUGUUUAUGUAAAGUCAGAACAUUGGCGCACAUUAGAGUGCUUCCAUCUUGAAGUUGGUCAUCAGAUAAGGCCAAAGAGAUUCUACAACAGAGGAGUAUCCCUGAAUGGAUGUACUUUAAGUGGUCAGGAAGCAGAGCAGUUUGUGCUUCCAUAUGACAUUUGGGAGUUGUAUCUUGAUGAUUGCAGUGGUUUCAGUAGUUUAUCUGAAAUUAUAAUUUCGACCAAUGCUUAUGGUUUUCAACAAGAAGCUGAAGCCUUUUCAAGCUUAGAGAUUUGCCAUGUCAGUAGGUGCAAUGAUGUUGAGCAACUUCUUUCACCAGGUUGGAUGCCAUAUCUCCAGUGCCUUGAAAUAUUAGAGGUUGAAGAAUGUUUACAACUGAAAGAGCUAAUGCCAGAGGACGUUAACCUCCCUCAGCUUAAACAACUCGUUCUCACCUCGUUGCCUCAGCUGAAUAGCGUCUAUAAGGGUCAACUUGUUUGUGCUUCACUCCAGUCACUUACAGUUAUGGAGUGUCCAAAUCUGAAGCGCCUUCCUUUCUUCUACAUGGAGGAUCAAUUGGUUCCUUCUGGAUUGGAGUGGAUUGAGGGACAACAUAAAUGGUGGGAGUCGUUAGAAUGGGAUAAGCCGAAAUCUAAAGCGUUGCUGAAACCUUUCUUUAGAUGCAGUUCUGUCACAGAUGUGUGAUGGUCUAAGGAGUGAACAUCAUCAUCUGAAUCAUACUUGGAAUUUGCCAUCUUGCAAUGUUGGUGAACUUGCCCCGAUGACAAAGCUGCAAGGUCUUUUUAGAUCUUCCCUCUACACCGAGUCAUAUGCAGGACUGGGGUGUACCAGCCAUAGCUUUCUACUCGGACUCUACAAAUUUUUCACACUGGUUUGGCCCACUUCCCUCUCUCUUGCUCUUCUUUGUCCAAUGGCUCCCAUGCUUUAUGUCAACUUUAUUGUUUGUUUGGUUGACAUAGAUACUAUAUACUGAAAGUUAAGUUUUCGAAAAGUGAAAAUAUCUUAUGUUUGGUUGACAAAAACACGGAAGUAUUUUACAGGAAGUUAAUCCUGUAAAAUUUCAUGUGUCCAACCAAAUAAAUUUUGGCACUUUAUAGAAAGUGGUAUUUUCUAUGUCUAACCAAACGACCUCUUGGCCUGUAUAUGGUUCGGAGUAAAACAAUAUGAACGAGUUCUAAUUUCGUCGAAAGACACGUUUUAAUGAAAACCUAAACUUUCAAUUGUUUCAAACUUCUGUUGUUUCGAAAAUGUGACUUUUUUUUUGGUGAACAACUAAGGUAUUCGCCGCCGAUAGCAGUGACUAAUCCCCUCGCCCCGGGUGCUCCACUUAAGGUAACAGGCUGGCCAAGAAUCUUUUUCCAUUCCCGAUGGUUGAGGAUCGAACCCUCGACCAAUUGGUUAAGGGACAAAGUGAGCAACUACUAUGCCAAGACCACUUGAUUGGAAAAAUGUGACCUUCAUUUGUACAAAUUUGUAACUUUCCAAAACACUAAGCUAAACCGAGAAACAUCAUUUUUUCACAAUUAGUGGAGUUUUGGAACCUAUCCUUAGAAAUGAUUUAACUCCCAACUAUUCACAAGCCUUUUCUUUGAAAAUAGAAAAAAAAAACCUCCCAUCAAAAAACCAAAAAAACCAAUAAUAACUUUGUAUUUCCACUCGAACACAAUAUAUAAACAACAUCAGAGCAAAGUGGAAGAGAUCCUUCCUUCCCUCAUAGGAGGCUCCUAUGCAUGGAAGGGAAAAAAUUGGACAAAGUUGCAGGAGGUCUGCAGUGUGUUCACCUCUCAUAUUUCUCUUAUUCAAGUGUACUAAGUUAUGUGCAUUCCAGGGCUUGUGGACUCUCCAUUUGGAGUUAGGUAAGAUUCAAAGACAAAACCAACUUCAUUUUUUUUGUAAGUGUUUCUUUAAACCUGUAAAGAAGUUAAUUGCCAAGUUCUUUUUUCUUUGAUUCAAUAUGUAAAUUUUAUUUCAGUGUUAGUGACUAUGAAGCUAUGUUAAUUAAUAAAACAUUAAAAGCUAUCGGCUUUGUUGCUUCGAA